UUAGUUCCAGGGUGGAUUUUUCCAUUUUUCCUCCCAGUUUGCAAUAGUGGUGAUUGUGAACACAUCGACGAUUUUUAUAUAAAUCUAAAGAAUAGUUACAUUUAGUGGUUGUACAGGAUGGUGCCAAAAUCUUUUUGGUUUGUUUUGAGCUUGAAGAAUGGGGCUGCUAUUAUGGCUGCUUCGAAUAUGAUAUUCGCAUUGACAGCUAUUAUUGGAGCCAGCGUCGAGCUUUUCAGAGUGGAAAAACAAGAGUAUGAACUUUACCUCAUCGUUGCAGUGGUCAUGGGAUUCUUCAAUCUCUUCAUUGCAGGGAUAAUCACGAUAGCACUCAUUGCGGGGAACGAAAGGUACGUCCUGCUCUACAUCUUGCUGGAGUUUUCGAAUCUAUUCAUCAUCACGAUCUUUGCCGGAAUUAACAUAUUCGAAUACAGGUCGCUGUAUUUGGGAAUUUUGUUUGUAGUGUGUCUGUUUUUAUGGUAUGGACUCUACUGCAUGUACGGCUUCUACGCAGAGCUGGCAGAAUACAACUCUGUAAAAUCCGGGGUGAUAGAAAUCACCUGCAACACCAAUAUAAACCCGAUAGCUUUUCCAGAAAAGGCGGUUGAAAGCACCGCUGUUUAGAAGAUGUCUACUUUGAAUUAUUGUGUUCAUGUAUAUAUAGUUCUAUGUACGUUUUCCUCA